GCGCGCAACGCCCCGGAAAUCCACCUCAAACGCGACGGGACAAGGCACCUCGUUUUCCAAUCAUCAUCCACGAGUACAUCCGCCAUUGACAACGCCAGAAGAUAAUAUUAGCUUUACUACUAGCUCCCCGGAUUGGCAUGCUCACACAGGAAUAAUCCUCACUUCACAAUAUCUCCUCUUUCCAACAAACCUCACAUUUUAACCUCGACCAAAGCACAAUGGCUGGCGAUCCGAGCCAAAACGUGCACCAGGACUUGCUUCCUCAUGUUCACCUCCUUUCCACCUUCCGCUAUGCGUUUCAGCCUAGGGUCGAACUACCAGAGGUCACAAAGUGGUUGACGGCCGCACCCAAAAUCGCCCGUGACACGGCUCCAUUCUUCUGGACAUACCUCGACUGCCCCAACGAUGGGUCCAUAUACCUGACAUGGCAACCUUCUGCCCGCAGAGGCGUUGAGUUCUCCAGCGAUGGAUAUAUAUGGUCGGGUCCCGAGAUCUUUUACCAUCAGCCUGCCGGGAACGGUUUGGUGCUCGAGGCUUACAUCCAACGGUCGGGAUUUAGACCAGGGGAGCAGCACACGAUACACUCUCGAAAACGGUUUCGCCUCGUUCCCGGCCCAGCGCCAGUGCCGAAUGCACCGCAGGUGGACCCUAAUCUCUGGAUUGUGCAUUAUGGACCUGCCGACAAACAGGACAGGAUCCACGUACAAAUGGUUUCCGUCAGCCCCCAGAUGCAACAGGUUAUCAACUAUCGCCAGCAACUUUUCCAAAUGGGCCAGAUCGUCAAGAAGGAGUUUAUGCUAUCGGAUCGUGUGAACUGGCCACAACUUCCCCUUCCAGGACGGGGUCAGUCGAUGUACGCCCCGCCAAUGCCGCCUCGCCACAUUCCUCCGACAAUGGCUUACCCUCCGCAUCCGGGUGCAGUGGCCGGCUCAUCCAAGCGCAGGGGUGGGCAUGGACAGCCACCAGGAGCCCAUCCGAGCCAGAUGGCAGGCCAGCUGCAAAGCUUGGAAGGUGCUUUUGAUGACGAGGAGGAUGUGUCCCGUGGUGACCUUUUCGACCACCUUACGCCACGCGAGGUGAGCAUCGCUCGGUAUCAACAAAAUCACGAAUGGAUGGAGGAAAUCUUGUCUUCCCCCUAUCAAAUUGGCCAGAUAGAAGUUUCCGACCUGGGACUGGGACGCAAAGGCGCGCUUGCCUCGCUUACAGAGGGUAUUUUUGAGGCACAGAGUACCGAGGCGGUAGAUCAUGGGCCUAAAAAGCCUUAUACGGGACACUUGGCCCCAGGGGUGGCAGACGAAUUUCGCAAGCGUGUAUUGGAGAAAAACAAGGCCGACAUGGAAGAGAUUGCGCGGAUGAAGGCCGACCACGAAAAGGCUCUAGCGAGCCUGAGAAAGCAAUCGGCUAUCAUGCAAGCAGAACAAGAUUUGCGUUUCGCGGUUCAAGAAACUGGUUCGGAAGCCUGGCGCCUUGAGGGACGUCUCGAAGAUGACGAGGACGGCAGUAGCCGGCAGGGUCAAAGGAACACCAGAGCACUGGAAGAGAUUCUUGCCAGUGUUGAAAAGAUUGUGGGGAAGCCUGCCACCGUUGUCCAUGAUGUUCACCGAGUUGAGGAUGGUGGCUACCAAGAGUCAGCUCCUGAGCCAGAACCCAGCCUUCCAUCGGUAGGACAGGCCCCACCCAUGUCUCGCCAGCCAUCGCAAGCCGGCUCUCAAGCUAGCGGUGCGAUCAUUGGUGAUUCUGACAUCGAUAUGGGAGGUACCGCGGCCGGCCUGCUUGACCAGAUGAAUACCGCCGGCGGUUUCUCGACAGCAUCAACCCCUCAAGCUCUGAAUCUUUCGGCGAACCCUUCGAGUGCUGCCACUCCUUCAGCCGCCAACGUGGCCUCACCUCAACCACCUGCAACUAACCAGGGUGGAAAUGACAUUAAUAUGGAGGACGCUGACGCAGAAGCCUCAGCGAAGGUUGCAACAUCUGCGCCCGAUCAAGUGCCCGUUGCUACUAACCCUUCGGGUGCCACAACUGCCUCUAUCCCCCAACCGCCAACGACGGCUGGCCACAGUGAUGCUGUUGGCGUUCCUGCUCAGCAGGUUCCCCAACCUUCGAGUAAACCCGCAUCAGUGGCGCCCACCCCAACGGGCGAAGGUAUUGACUUCAGCUCACUGGGCGAUCUCGAUACCGCCGGCGAGGCCCUCGCUGGUUACGACCCGCCUAGCGUGGGGCCAGGUGGCGAUGAUUUGGGAGAUCUGAACAUGGAUAUGGAGGACUCUGCGUUUGGGGAUGCCUUCCACGAAGUCAGCCAUAGUGCCGGUGCUGACCAGUCCUCUCCCGGGGCUGGGCUUGGUAGCGCCGGGAACACUCCACCUGUCUAGGCGGAUACUGGUACCAACGCUUCCUUGCAAUCAGCGCAGCAAACACAGAAAGACCUGGAGGGACGACAUCAAAGUCUGGCACACAAGCGUGGAGGUCCAUGGACUUAUGAAACCGAGGAGGACGAUAAAGCCCCCAAUCAAGCCCACUCCGAGGACGCGGCUAUGCAGAGAUACGAAUAUAUUUGUUUCCCUCCAGAACCUAUAGAUUGGUACGAGCACGAAUGCACUUUGAUCACACGCUUGUGGACUGGCUGGCAAGACACGAUUCUGCUCACCGCUCAGCCUGAAGGGCGUAGCUUCAAAAAUAUCCAAAGUUCCCUUUUAUCCUACAAAGCCGUUGACGAGGUGAUGGAACGUCUAAGUAAACUCUGUUCCCCAGCCCAUCCUGAAAGAGUUCAUCCCUGGACUUCUGCUAAGGACAAUUUGUUGCUCACCGCGGGAAGGUAAGGGUAGAGCUAGUCAAACCGUCCAGCGCACAUUAUUUGCCCACAGGGCUCUUGAAGUAUUGAGAAGCCGUCACCGUAAACUCAACCCCAAGGAGACCCAUCAAAGCGGAAUGCCUUGCUGCUAUCCUUCCACAAAGUGCACGGGACGGCUUAGUUUAGCCCGAAGAUUCAAACGGUAGUACAAGUAACCAGGUGGUGGGCUUGAGUAUGGGUUGUUGUCUGGUGACUUAUUGAGUAAUGGUCAUUCAGGGUGAGGAUAACUGAUCAUAUCGGCGUGCAUUUGUGCCCGCUCAUGUUCAUAGGACGCUAGGAGGAUUGAGGCGUAGGGAAUCGGUAACAGGUAGGGAGCAUCCCAUACUCCGGGCUAUGCAACGAAAAGGAGAAAAGAACAAAAUAGUGUAGUUUGGUAUACACUGAUCGAAUCGCUUGCAACUAUCGCGGUUCCACUUUAUAGUCUAGAUGGUUUUGCUGUAAUGUUUUGGUCC